AGAAAGCGGACUUCCCGAGCAUCCCCUGAACGCACCAGCAUUCUCACCGGGUGCCGACUCUAAAGAAAGUCCUACAUCUCCCUGCAGGAAAACGUACAACUAAAAAGCAACCAUGAACGUGUCGCAUGAAAUUAACCUGCUUGUGGAGGAGAUUCAGCGGCUUGGAAGCAAAAACGCCAAUGGUCAGACCAGCGUGAAGUUCGGGGUCUUAUUCAACGACGAACGCUGCGCCAACAUCUUCGAGGCGUUGGUGGGCACUCUGAAGGCGGCCAAGAAGAGGAAGCUGAUCGACUUCCAGAGCGAGCUGCUCCUGCAGGGCGUCCACGACCACGUCGACAUCGUGCUGCUGGAAGGAUGAAGCCGACGUUCGAAGGGGACGACCCGCCGAGCGAAUCCUUUUGACAACGCUGCGCUCCUGCGCUGCAUCAGCCUGUGUCCAAGUUUCCAUGUGAUUUAAAAAAAAAAA